AUGGCAGGGAUCUACCAGCCAGGUGUUGCACGAGCAAACAUAGCAGUGUCAAAGGCCCGUCCAAAUGGCACACCGGAUCAUGCAGAGAAGUUCAAGGACUAUAGUGUUCUCCAGCAACACAUCCUGUUUUGGGACCGGGAUGGGGAUGGGGUUAUCUGGCCUUACAAUACCUAUCGUGGGUUUCGCCGUCUCGGGUUCAACAUUCUCUUCUGCAUUUUUGCUGUAAUGGUGAUUCACGGAGGAUUCUCAUACCCUACCCGGCUAGAGGUAUUUUUGGGUAGUAUUCAUAAAGCAAAGCACGCAUCUGACUCUUCUGUGUACGACCACGAAGGCCGAUUCGUUCCUCAGAACUUCGAAAACUUAUUUUCCAAAUUCGGGAACCCAGAUGAAGGGACUUUAUCGUUCUAUCAGCUUCGCAAUUUGAUGCAUGGAAAUCGUUGUGCGGCGGAUCCCUUCGGUUCAUUCGCUGCUUUUUUUGAAUGGGGCACCACUUGGUUAUUACUACAAAAAGAUGGGAAUGUCCACAAAGAAGAUGUGCGACGGUUCCAUCUUCUGGCGAAUCGAAACGGAGCGAACAAAAGGGGUCGGCUAGAACCAGGGGUUCGGUCUCGGUGGCGAUGGGUUCUGGGGUUCAAGGAAGCGAAAAAUGCCGCUCAAGCUAAUGUGGAUAUUCAGGAUCUUUCGUCGACUGGCCAAGCUCCUAAUCGUCACUUUUCUCUCGAGCUUUAUCUGCCUAUAUACCUAUGA